CCCCCGACCUACGACGAGCCAGCGGCGAAGCUCGUGAACUGAACUCAGUCACCUGCCCCCGGUGCGCGAACAUGGCGGCGAGAAGGCUUCUUGAGGAGGCGGCGGCCGGCGGCGUGCCGCAGGACUCGCUCAACUCGGACCUGGUCCUCAUCCUCGCCGGCCUGCUAUGCGCGCUGGUCUGCGUCCUCGGCCUCGGCCUCGUGGCGCGGUGCGCGUGCGCGCGCCGCUGGGCACGCGCCGCGGACGCGCCGUCGCCCGGCGCCAACAGGGGCGUCAAGAAGGAGGUGCUGCGCGCCCUGCCCACCGUCAGGUACGUCGCCGACGGCGGCGGCGAGGCGCCGGAGGCGGACGAGUGCGCCAUCUGCCUCGCCGAGUUCGAGGACGGCCAGGCCAUGCGGGUGCUGCCGCAGUGCAGCCACGCGUUCCACGCCGCCUGCGUCGACGCCUGGCUGCGCUCCCACUCCUCGUGCCCGUCGUGCCGGCGGGUGCUCGUCGCCGAGCUGCCCCGCGGCGAGCGGAGCGGCCGCUGCGGCGCGCGGCCCGGCGGCAUCCACGCGCUCCUCAAGGCGGUGCCGCUCUGCCGCUGACGUCGCUGUAGCCUGGAAUUAGUGGCGCGCGCACUCGGGAAGGGACGGAAAGGCCAAGGGAAAAGUGUGCUCAGGGAAAUUAGCCGGUGCAUAAGGCUCGUUGGCUAACUUCUUAUUUACCUUUCUCUUGGUUUGGGGUGUUAAUUCUUUUUAGGUGUGGCUACUCUGCAAUGUGAACCAUUGAUCAUCAAGGCGUGUGUACAUACAUAUUUGAUGGGGGGAUUUGUGAUUGUAACCUAUUUGUACAUAUGUGAAAUGUUCUUAUAUAAACAUGCACUUAGCUUUAAA